AUGUCGAGACCACAGCUACAAAUUGAAAUCUACAAUUAUGGACCGACUAAAGCUCAAGGCACUCGAAUGGAAUUACAAUUUCAUGGAAAUUUAAGAUUUUCACGACUUGAAUUCGAUGCUGACACUUCCGAAGCUGGAGCUAGUAACAGUAUUAGCCAGUCAGAACCAUUAAUGGUUGAAGUAUCAGAGAAUGAAACUUGGGUUCACUGUCCUAUUGGAACUUUAUUGGCACCCGUGGUUAUGUCAGAUACGGGAAGUGAAAUUAUUGAACCGAGUCAGCGGUUUAUCUUAUCCACAUAUUAUGAUCAAUUUAUGUCAGAGGAUGAUACAAACUUCCAGAAUGGUGCAGGAGUCACCAUCAAUGUGAUAACCGGUACACCAGACCCGCAACCAAUUAGUAAUACAAUACGCUUUAAUUAUCGUGUGAUACAUAAGCCUAGAAUAAGAAUCUCCUACGGACCUGGUGAGAUAUCUAGUAGAAUGGAUAAUCGUUCAGCACCGUCAAAACGUGUUCCUGGUCAACAACAACGUGUUUUAGUCUCUGAUAUUGGUCCAAAAAUUGAACAUACCCUACAAAUUGAAUAUAUGGGACCGUCGAAUAGGUUGAAAAAUGUUACAAUCACUGCAGCGGUACCGAUUGAAUUGAAUCCUGAAGAUGCUAUCGGCGGUGCAACACCCCCUUAUAUAGUUUAUAUGUUCAAUGAAAUACGCGGAACACAAUCCCAUGAAAAUAAUGCCUUAAAAUGGAUAGAUGUACGACCAAAAUUGUUAGCAUUAGGUCGACAAAUGCUGAUGAUACGUGAAAGUGUUAUCAAUCCUCGAGGAGUUAUACCAAUGGAUGUAGAUACGCUUUAUUCUCGUAAACGACGUGGUGCCUCAAAUAAUCCCGUUGGUGAAGGAGUGGAUGAAAUGAAUGAAGACAAGUAUUCAAUCGAUAGUGAUAAUCAGUCAGUAUUGUAUGAUGAAAAUGUUCAAUCGUCUUUAUCAUCUAAAAUUCCUGUAAUUCAAUUUCGACGAUUACAAAAAGAGGUGUUUCAAUGUAAUCGUGUUGGUAAUCGAAUACAAAAGCCAAUAUGUGCAGAAAUUGUUUGUCAUAUUGAUGAACUGUUGAAACAUCGUCCAGUUGUUCUCAAAGUGACUGGUUGGUUAUGGGCAAGAACAUUAUUUGCUAAGCAUAUUUCAGAUGUUGAUCUUGUCACAACAAUCUCAGUGAAUCAAGGUGAAAUCCCAGAGGGUGUACAUCCAGCUGAAGAACCAGUUGGUCAUUUCUAUCUAUCACAAACAUUUUUCUUUCCACAAAUUCGUCCAAAAUUAAUUCAUCAAAUUCCAAUAUGGCCAAUUAUAGUCGGUGUUGUCUUAGGUUUAAUUGUUCUCUAUCUGCUGAUUAUCCUACUAUAUUUAUUAGGCUUCUUUAGACGACGUAAAACUCAACUACGUAAAGCAAUGCUUACAAAAGGCGGUGCUGAAGAGACCUAUAAACGUGAACAAACUGAAUCUUUACUAGUUGGUGAAACAAAACCUGAACAAACAAAUGAUGUUGCUCACAAGGCAAUGAAUUCAACGCCUCCAGGACAAGGUGAUGCAAAGAUGUCACCGGGAAAAAAGUUGAAAAAAAAGCAUAAAAAAGAUUUAAAUAUUCUUCAUCCAGGUGAUUUAUCCACCGUGACAACAUCAUCGACAAACGGUCAUCAACAUCAUGCAUACAAAGAGUCAGAGGAACAGAAUUUAAUCACAGACUCCACGUCAUCUCAGUGA